AUGGAUAUCGCCGCCGCAGUGGUGGCGAGGGGAAACUUGUUCUCCCCGAAGGUUCUCUCCUACGCAGAGGAGAAUGAUCGUUGCGGUGUCCUUUGUGGAGCUGUGGGCAAGUCCCUCCGCCUGUCGAGGAGCCGUGGCCGUUUAGCCGGCAUCCGGUGUGAGGGCCUGCCGCCGGCGGGGGCAUCAGAGGCCCGAGACGACGGCUUCUACAUGAGGCGUUGCGUCGAUCUUGCCAGGCGGGCCGUUGGUUGCACCUCCCCCAAUCCCAUGGUGGGAUGCGUGAUCGUGAAGGCUGGGGAGGUCGUUGGCGAGGGGUUCCACCCUAAGGCGGGGCAGCCUCAUGCGGAGGUCAAGUUUUCUUCCCUGUUUUGCUCUCUAUUCCCUAUUAUUCUCUGCAAAUCUCGGACGACACUCCCGUCAUCUGGUUCUAGAGGAAUUCAAUGUCUGCUUCAAAUCUGGAGUAUUAAAAACGGCAUUGAAAAUGCACCGAGUUUCUAUUGCAGAUGAAUGCUAGAAUGAAUCAAAACUAGAUGAUCGGUAAUUUUUCUUCUCUGUUGUGAACAGAAUCAAAUGAUUACUGCAUCGCAUGUUCCUCACGGUUUCCGAUUCAAAAAAUGAUUAAUGAGCAUAAAUACUUCCUUCUUCUCAGAUAUUUUCUUAGAAAAGGAAAUGCAUCGAUGAACGCAGGUUUUUGCUCUGAGGGAUGCUGGAGAACUGGCAGAGAAUGCGACGGCCUAUGUGAGUCUGGAGCCUUGUAACCAUUAUGGGAGGACUCCCCCCUGCACCGAAGCAUUAAUCAAAGCUAAAGUCAAGCGUGUAGUGGUGGGGAUGGUGGAUCCAAAUCCAAUUGUUGCUUCAAGAGGAGUGGAGAGACUCAGAGAGUCCGGGAUUGAAGUCGCUGUUGGCAUAGAGGAGGCACUGUGCAAAAGACUAAAUGAGGCGUAUAUUCACCGGAUGCUCUCCGGGAGGCCAUUUCUCACUCUACGGUACUUCUUCUUCCUUCCUCCACUCUAAGAAUGGCCCCUUCUAUUUAUUCAGAAACCAGGAGAUAUUUAUUGACCUCUCAGUUUAUUUCAUUCUUCUCGGGUUGUCAUAAUAUGGUUGUCGCGGUUUUUGAUGCCACCCAAGUUCUUGGAAUCACUAUAUAUAGCUUACCCAUUAUAGCCGAAGUUUCUACUUUUGGUAAUUUAGUGAGGCCAUGGAUUGACCUCAUUUUUGACCUCACAAUUUAUUUCAUUCUUCUCGGGUUGCCAUAAUAUGGUUGCCGGGGCUUUUGAUGCCACCCAAAUUCUUGGAAUUACUAUAAAGCGUACCCAUUAUAGCUAAAGUUUCUAUUUUUGGUAAUUUAGUGCGGCCAUGGACCGUUGACUUGUCUGCUCAUCUGCAGCUAGACUUGAUCAUGCUAUCAUCUACGUAUCUACCAUUUUUGCCUAUUGUAUGCUUAAUAAAUUCUAAAUGGGGAAAUUAUGGAGACGACAAUUAAAUAUAUAUUCAUCUGGGCCAUGCUAGAAGACGUGUAGGAUCUAGAAAGUGAUAUCUCCCAAAUUGGGUUUCUUUUGUAUUACCAAAAUUGUCGUCAACUUCUUUCCUUUUUUACAUGCUCCCUGUCUCUCCCUAUUCUGAUCACAGGUACUCACUCUCCAUCAACGGAGGAGGGAUCCUCGAUCACACAGGGAGAGGAGCAAAGGAGUCAGGUGGAUACUACUCGCAGCUGCUGCGAGAUUACGACGGAGUGGUGGUGUCUGGCAGCUCAUUUGACGAAAAGUCAACCCUACCGGCCUCACAGGAAGUGGGCGCCAACCAGCCGGCCAUCAUCAUAAUUGCAGCAAAGGGGGGCCCGCCGUUGCGCCUCCCGGCUUCGGUUGAGGCCAGCCGUCGGAUGGUUAUCUUCCUGGAAGAUGGCGCCACCGUUGACCCAGAGACUGACCGGAAUCUGAGCCAGCUUGGGAUCGAGAAGGUAGUGCUCGAUGAACUACGGUUGACCCCAGUCGUCGAGUACUGCUCGCGCCAGGGGAUGUGCAGCCUGUUGGUGGACUUUUCAGGUGACUCUGCAGGCUUUGUUGAGAUGCUCGGAGAAGCUGGGGAAGUGGGGCUGGUGCAGAAGGUGGUAGUUGAACUCUGCUCUGCAUGGGAGGGUCAACAUAUGGCGGCGGUGGCGGCUCCUCUGGGGGUAGUGGGCAGGCCAUUCCAAUUUAGGCAUCUACAGUCGUGGGUCUCCAAGGACAGCGUUGUGGUGGAGGGCUACGUUGCCUAA